UGAUGUCGUCUCCAGGAAGUGUUUCGCUCGUGUAAUGUUACGGAUGACAGCUGAAUAGAGACUGUUUAACCGGUUAGCCCAGUCUCCGUCCAGAAACAUAUAGCAAUGGAAGUUCUAAUGUCCUAUCUUUACAGUCGAAGGGGAAAACGUCUGCUGUAUUGCUAGACAUACAGUGGGCUAAUUAUCUGCUUGUUGUUUGUUUGAAAGGAUCGGGAUCACGCCUAAGUGAGAUGGAGGAUUCUGGAGAGUCUAAGUGGACGCUGAAGUCAGAUGCAUGCUCUGAGACUUUUCUCUAUUGUUGCUCAGCCUGUGAUUGCAGUGAGGAGCCUUUCCAUGGAAAAGUAUUCCGGAAUAGAACUAAAGCCAGGAGUAUGUCUGUGCCAUCAGCACCUAGCUCUGCCAAGUUCAGCUCUGUAUAGUGAGCAGAUGAGCAGGAGGACACAGUCACUUCAUGGACCAAGCCCUGUUACCAUAUUUGGGCCCAAAGCCUGCAUGCUGAAGAAUCCUAAAUCUGUCGUGCAUAUUCAAGAUCCAGCCAGUCAGAGAUUGACAUGGAGCAAGCCACCUAAAAGUGUCCUUAUUAUAAAGAAAAUCAGAGAUUCCAGUCUGCUACAACCCUUCAAAGAACUUUGCAGUUUUCUGACACAGCAAAAAAAUAUGAUUGUCUACGUGGAGAGGAAAGUCAUUGAGGAUCCAGCCAUUGCUAAUGACAGCUUUGUCUCCAAGAAAAACAUUUGCACUUUUAGAGAAGAUUAUGAUGACAUUUCCAAUUGUGUCGACUUCAUCAUUUGUUUGGGAGGAGAUGGGACUUUGCUGUAUGCCUCUUCUCUUUUCCAGGCGAGUGUGCCUCCUGUCAUGGCCUUCCAUUUGGGUUCUCUGGGCUUUCUUACGCCAUUUAAGUUUGACACAUUCCAAUCUCAGGUCACCCAGGUUAUAGAAGGAAAUGCCGCAAUAAUUCUACGCAGUCGUCUAGAAGUGAAGGUAGUGAAAGAAUAUAGAGAAAAGGGAUCUGUGGAUGAAAUGAGUUUAGUCACUAAUGGAAACAGAACUAUACAGUAUCAAGUGCUGAAUGAAGUUGUUGUAGACAGAGGUCCGUCUUCCUAUCUCUCUAAUGUGGACUUGUUUCUGGAUGGUCACCUAAUCACCACUGUUCAGGGAGAUGGUGUGAUAGUGUCCACUCCUACAGGAAGUACUGCAUACGCAGUAGCAGCAGGUGCCUCUAUGAUUCAUCCAAAUGUUCCAGCCAUCAUGAUCACACCCAUCUGUCCACACUCCCUCUCUUUCAGACCCAUCAUAGUGCCUGCUGGAGUGGAGCUCAAGAUUAUGCUGUCCCGUGAUGCCAGAAACACGGCCUGGGUGUCUCUCGAUGGCAGGAAACGACAGGAAAUUGCCUAUGGGGAAAGCAUUACCAUCACAACAUCAUGUUUCCCCGUUCCUUCCAUCUGUUUCCGUGACCCUGUGAACGACUGGUUCGAGAGCCUGGCCCAAUGUUUACACUGGAAUGUUCGUAAGAAACAGAGUCAUCUGAGUUCAGAAGAGGAGGAGUUCUGACCACACUCCAAGCUUUCAUAGCACAGUUACUUUCUCAUGUUAAUUAUGUAAGUGAAUCUCAUAAAAUAAUUUCAGCUGAAGAGGAAAAAAUACAAAAUUAUAUUUGGCUUUAAAACAAAAUAAAUUACGACAAUUUAUAUCAUGACUUUGGUUUUCCACAAAAACACUGUGUGUGCACAUGUACAGUCAGGUCCAUAAAUAUUGGGACAUUGACACAAUUCUAACAUUUUUGGCUCUAUACACGACCACAAUGGAUUUGAUUUAACUGCAGACUGUCAGCUUUAAUUUGGGCGUAUUACAUCCAAAUCAGGUGAAUGGUGUAGGAAUUACAACAGUUUGCAUAUGUGCCUCCCAAUUGUUAAGGGACCAAAAGUAAUGGGACAGAAUAAUAAUCCCUAAUCAAACUUUCACUUUUUAAUACUUGGUUGAAAAUCCUUUGCAGUCAAUUACAGCCUAAAGUCUGGAAUGCGUAGACAUCACCAGAUUCAGUUCCUGCUUGUUCUUGGGGCAUUUUCCCUUCAGUUUUGUCUUCAGCAAGUGAAUCGGAUUGAGGUCAGGUGAUCGACUUGGCCAUUAAAUAACAUUCCACAGAUAAUAUUGCCCAAAACACUUCAGAAUACAUCCUGCUGCUUUUGUCAGCCGUCACUUCAUCAAUAAAUACAAGAAAACCAGUUCCAUUUGCAGCCAUACAUGCCCACGCCAUGACACUACCACGACUAUUCACUGAUGAGGGGGUCUGCCUAGUUCCUCUCCUCCGUACGCUUCUCUUCCCAUCACUCUGGUACAAAUCGAUCUUGGUCUCAUCUGUCCAUAACAUGUUGUUACAGAACUAUGAAGGCUUUUUUAGAUGUCGUUUGGCCUUCCUGUUUUUGAGGCUCACCAAUGGUUUACAUCUUGCGGUGAACCCUCUGUAUUCACUUUGGUGAAGUCUUCUCUUGAUUGUUGACUUCGACACACAUACACCUACUUCCUGGAGAGUGUUCUUGAUCUGGUCAACUGUUGUGAAGGGUGUUGAAUUCUUCAGUCAUCCGCCAUACUUGUUUUCCAUUGUCUUCCGGGUCUUUUGGUGUCGCUGAGCUCACUGGUGCGUUCCUUCUUUUUGAGAAUGUUUUAAACAGUUGUUUUGGCCACUCCUAAUGUUUUUGCUAUCUCUCCAAUGGGUUUGUUUUGUUUCUUCUUCCUAAUGAUGGCUUACUUCACUGAUAGUGACAGCUCUUUGGAUCUCAUCUUGAGAGUUGACAGUAACAGAUUCCAAAUGCAAGUCGCACACUUGAAAUGGACCUUUUAUCUGCUCAUUGUAAUUGGGAUAAUGAGGGAAUAACACAUACCUGGCCAUGGAACAGCUGAAAGAAUCAUUACUUUUGGUCCCUUAACAAGUGACAAGUGAUGUGAAGAGACACAUAUGCAAACUGUUGUAAUUCCUACAUCGUUCGACUGAUUUGGAUGUAAAUACCCUCAAAUUAAAGCUGAGUUAAAUCUUGUUCAUUUCAUUUCAAGUCCAUUGUGGUGGUGUAUAAAAAUGUUAAAAUUGUGUUAAAGUCCCAAUAUUUAUGGACCUGACUGUAUGUAUGCAUGUAUGUACAUAUGUGUUGCAUUAUGGCAAUGAGAAUUCUGUGGAAAUGUGUGAGGGGGAAAAAGGUUAUUUAAUUUGGGGGUAAAAACAAAGUAAGCCCACUAUACAUGGCAACAUAUUCUUGGUGAAUUUUGUUCAAAUUACUUUUAAAUUGAUAUCUAUUAAUUCCAUUAUAAAGUACUCAAUUUUGCCUGACUGUGUCUUUUAAAAGAUUAUAGCAAUAACUGCAUUUUUAUGUACUGGAUUGUGCCUUAUAGAGCAGUGGUUCUCAGAUGGGGGUACGUGUUCUACAGCAACUUAAAGUAACGUUAAAAUCAAUCAAACCAAAAUGCUGCUUCGAGUAUAAAAACAGGAAACAGUCAGAUGACAUCAAAUUACCUCAUAUUUUGUGGUCCAAACUGACUGCAUCCACGAUGAUACGAUGCCACUAAAUACGCUGCUGUUCAUUAUAUCUUCACUUAAUAGCAGAAAGAACAAAUGUUGACAGACUACACUGAGAUCGACUUAAGAAAACUUUGUUGAUACAGAUACAGAAAUAAAUCAGUGCCAUUUAAAGUUUUUUAUGUUCAAAAUACAGGAAUGCAAUUUUGCCUAAAUAUCCAAAUUGUAAAUGUGACUUUUUAAAUAACAACAAAAAAGGUAAUAAGUGAACAUUUUGAAUGUAGCAUUCAUUUUCAAAACAAUAUUGUCAAUAUUGUGUGUUAUGUCUUACAACUAAAUAAUAAUAGGUCCACCGAAAUCUGCAACAGAACUGGUGUGUGUCUCUGUGACAUUAACUUUGAACAAUUCAGAGACAGUGUUGCCAGAUUGGAUGGAUGAUUUCCUUCCCAAAAGUUCACAAAAACACGCCCACAUUUUUAACUGUCAAAAUAAUAAAAAAUAUAAAUCCAAAUUUUCACAAGUAUCACAAGAUUGAUAAGAGCCAUUUUUAACUCCAUAAAACAAAAUUAUACAAAUAUAAUGCUAGAUAAAUCUGGGAAAAUAAAGAGAAUUGCCAGAUAUUAAGAAAAUAACGAUACCCUAGAAAAACACGUGCAUCAUUUUAAUGUCAACCGUCGAAAUGUAAAUGCAGAAAACAAAUAACAAUAAUGCAUGUACCUCUCACUCCAUAAUUUCACCGUGUUAAGCAAAUAAUCUAUAUAAUUUAUGUUUGAAUACCGGAAAAAAGACCCCAAACUUGCCCAAAUUUUCCCCACCUGCCCAAGUCAAUAUUUACAGACACAAACAAAUUCAAAACGGCCCAAUUGAUCGGAAAUCUGGCAACACUGUUCAGAAAGUCAGCAGUUAACAACCCAUGACUACAGCCUCCUUACUGAAUGACAUGACGCCGCACUCACCUCCACCUUUUACAUUUACAAGUAUCACUUUGUUUUACCAUAAUUUAUUGCUUUAUUUAAUAAUACACUUUAGGAAAAUGACUUCAAACAUACACUUAAUAAGGUUAGAAAAACAAAGGUAAAUCAAUUUAGAGGAAUAGUUCUUCCACGACUCACCCUCAUCUAGUUCCAAACAUUUAUGAAUUUAUUUGUUCUGCCGAACACUAAGGAAGAUAUUCUGAAGAAAGUCUGUAACAGGCUAUUUUCGGUCACCAUUGACUUCCAUAGUAGGAAAAAAAAAUACUAUUACAGUCAAUAUUUACCUAAAGCAGCCUAGUUACCCUAACCUUCCUUUGUGUUCAGCAGAACAAAGAAAUUCAUAAAGAUUUGACUUGAACCCGUUACCUCUUGACCCAUAAUGGUGGUGUAAGAGGGGACCCUUUAAAUGCCUCCGAAUGUUUACACCACUGUAGAAAGUUUGAGAGACACUUUUAUAGAGUACUGCAUCAAAGUCAGUCAUUUGGGGAAAAUCUUUACAGUAUUGGCUAAAUGUAUUGAUGCCAUAUUUAGAAUGUAUUGUACAAACUGGUUAUCUAUAUAUUACAUAUCUGAGAUUUUUUUUACAUUUUAUUAUUUAUAAUAUUUUUUACUUUGAAACCCCUGGAGUUUUUCUAAUGGUGUCUUGCAGCCCAGCAAACAACUUAAUAACCAAUGAAUUACAGUCUGUGCACUGAAUAUUCAAAUACACUGUAAUGUUCCUUUUGUAUUUUUAUAUACAACUACCACUAAAAAGUAUACACUAAAGCCUAUCUUAGAUUAUAGAUUGAAAUGUAAGCGGUUUAUACGAGUAACUUUUACAGCUUCACAUUUAUCUGUGGCCUUUUACUCAGUUUACAUCAUAUGUAGCUUUUGCUUCUGUGUUUUACAACAUCUUGACAGAAUUUAUAUUAUUAUUAAAAACAAUGUUCAUAGUAAAAUCGUUUGAAUAAUGUAUGUCAUUGACUCUUACGGCUUUCCAAAGUUUAAUGCAAAACAUUUUGUAACUGAAAAUAAUAUAUUUUGUUUUUAUGAGACACUGUCAUUAUCCAUUCAUGUUAUAGAAGUUGUUUUUUUGCCGUUGUUGUUCUUACAAACUUACAUAAUAAAUGGUAGGUGGUUGACAAAUUUAAACACA